CAACUGAUCCCCACUCCCGACGGGGUACGAGGUUCCGCCGCCGUGUCUCCGUCUCCUCUGGCGUGAUCUCCGCCGCAAAGCAUAUUAACCGUCGACGAGACUUGCCUGGGUUUGAUAAAGACCCAGACUUUCCCUUACGGAGACGGUCGUCGAGAGUGGGAGAUGGGGAAAAGAUUUCGCGGCGGCGGUAUCGGCGGCGGCGUUAAUCGUAGAUUCCUCAACGUCGUCAUAGAUUCUUACGGGAAGGAGGCAUCCGCAGAGGACAUCGUCGACGACCUCCGCUCCAAGUACCGAGAUUUUGGCCGAUUGAGCCGACAGGUCCUCCUGCUUAAUGUCCGACAGGUCCUAAAUUCGAGGAACAGACGAAUUAAAGAGGACGAAGAAGAAGAUAACAGCGGCGACGAGGGAGGUGUUGGCGCGAGAAAGAAACAGAGGCGAGUCAAUGAGAGAGAGGAGAAGUUGCAGCGGGCGGAGCAGUCGCAUCUUAGACGGCGGAACUCGGAUCGUUUGAUGUCGACGUCUUCGUCGGACUCGCCGUCCGCGGAGUCUUCGUCGAGGUCGGAGGCGGACGGUGCUGUCUCCACGUCGGAGGAUGCUAUAUACAGCGAGAAGGUGACUCCGCAGUUCGAUUUGAUCAGCGACACUCUACGAGAUUCCUAUGCUAAGUUGAACAGCGCUUCGAAAAAUCCAAUUGCGUCUUCUUCUUCGCCUGUUGAGAAGAACGUUGAAGUGGAGACAGUGAGCAACAAAGCUAGAACCAAGAUGGGAAUUCCGAACAGAGAAGGAGUAGGAGAGAAGAAAGAGGUUAAGAGCUCUGUCUCUGUGAGUGGAGCCACUGGCAAUGGUGAUUUGGAGGUGAAGAUUAACGAAGGGCCGAUGUUCAAAGACUUUGGUGGCAUCGAGAAUGUGUUGGGUGAUCUGGAGAUGAAUGUGUUAUAUCCAAUGCUCCAUCUUGAUUUAGUGGAGGCCCUCGGAGUGAAGCCACCAGGUGGGAUCCUACUUCACGGACCACCUGGCUGCGGCAAGACCAAAUUGGCUCACGCCAUUGCCAAUGAACUCGGUUUUCCCUUCUACAGGAUUUCAGCUACAGAGGUUGUCUCUGGUGUUUCCGGUGCAUCUGAAGAAAAUAUUAGGGAACUCUUCUCCAAAGCAUAUAGGACUGCACCAUCUGUCGUAUUCAUCGACGAAAUAGAUGCUAUUGCGUCGAAGAGAGAAAACCAGCAGAGGGAGAUGGAGAGACGGAUAGUGACGCAGCUGAUGACUUGCAUGGACGAUUCUCUUAGGUAUUUAAAGGCAAAUGUUAAAAAUUCUAACGAAGUCGGAUCUGAUUCUAGGCCUCGUCAUGUUCUUGUCAUCGGAGCUACCAAUAGGCCUGAUGCCCUUGAUUCUGCUUUGAGGAGGCCUGGACGAUUUGACCGCGAGAUCCCUCUGAGUGCUCCUGAUGAAAAAGCAAGGGAAGAGAUUUUGUCUGUGCUAACACAUGGUCUUAGACUAGAGGGUUCUUUUGACAGAAAGAGAAUAGCUCGUGCGACUCCGGGAUUUGUUGGAGCUGAUUUGGCUGCUCUGGUAAACCAGGCAGGCAUGAUAGCCAUGAAGAGAAUCGCUAAUGCAAGGAAGUUGGAACUGCCUAAUGACUCUGAAGACAGAAAUUCUUGGCUGAGGCAGCCAUGGUCACCGGAAGAUAGAGAAAAACUCUUCAUCAUUAUGUCUGACUUUGAGGAAGCUGUGGUUGUUGUACAAGCAUCUUCGACAAGAGAAGGAUUCUCCACAAUUCCUAAUGUGAAGUGGGAAGAUGUUGGCGGACUUGACCAUCUAAGACAGGAAUUUGAACGUUAUAUAAUCAAGCGUAUCAAAUCACCUGAGGCCUAUGAAAGGUUUGGAGUAGAUCUAGAGACUGGAUUUUUGCUUUAUGGACCACCAGGCUGUGGCAAAACAUUGAUUGCAAAGGCGGUUGCCAACGAGGCAGGAGCCAAUUUUAUUCACAUCAAGGGCCCAGAACUUCUGAAUAAAUAUGUCGGAGAAAGUGAGCUGGCAGUUCGGGAGUUGUUUCGCCGUGCCAGGAAUUGCUCGCCAUGUGUACUCUUCUUUGAUGAGGUUGAUGCUUUGACCACAAAACGUGGAAAGGAAGGUGGUUGGGUUGUGGAACGGCUUUUGAACCAGUUACUUAUCGAGUUGGAUGGCGCGGAACAAAAACGCCAUAAUGUGUUUGUGAUUGGCGCUACGAACAGGCCGGAUGUGAUGGACCCUGCGGUGAUAAGGCCGGGUAGGUUUGGCAGACUGCUGUACGUACCCCUGCCCAGCUCGGAGGAGCGAGUUUCAAUCCUUAAAGCCGUGACAAAGAACAAGCCUGUAGAUGAGAGUGUGGAUUUGCAUGCCGUAGCAAACAUGGAGGGCUGUGAGUAUUUAAGUGGAGCUGAUCUCGCUGCCUUGGUGAAUGAAGCGGCAAUGAGGGCUCUGGACGAGAGUGAAAGUGUUUUGGAAUCAACUCCUUGUACAAUCAAGAUGGUCCAUUUUGAGAAAGCCCUUUCCAAAAUCUCACCUUCUGUCUCUGAGCGGGAAAGACAGCACUACGAGGAACUGCCCAAAAGGUAUAAAAACGGAACGGGAAGGAACAUUGAGCCAACCACCAGAGAGUCAAACCCUUCCUUUAGUUACUCCUAAAACCAUGGAGACGAGCUGAUUCCGCAUAAUACCAAAUAAUAGAGAACGAAGAUUUGUUUGAUUUUUGUUGUGAAAUGGUCCACGCGCUUUCUCCUUUUCCAGUUAUGGGAUGAAUGAUCAAAGUAUGAUUUACCAUCAAACUACAUUUUCAAAUUUGAUGGGAAUAUCAACAUCCUUAGCUUCAA